UACAUUUUCCCGCGACACUCAUCUCAUUCAUAAACAUAAUUUUUUCGAUGAUUUGCUGUUUUUGACACUAUUCUAAGCACACAUUUGUGAGACGAAAGAGCAGGAAAAUAAAGAGUUGAUGCAUUCAACAUCAUCCUAUUCAAUGGCAUGGAAGUAUACAUCACUGAAUAUUGAACAACAAUAUAUCUCAUACCAUGGCCGGCUAGGUGCUGGCAAAAGAGCUCAGAAGGAUUUGAUUUCUCUUCAGUAAUAGCGAGGAGCUAGGAGAGCUAAGGGUCGGCAGUGCUGAACCCAGUAUUGACCUGCUACUAUUAUUAUAAUGGAACCUAGCACAAGUCAGGCUGUAGCGGAGGGUCAGGCGACUAUCGAGCCGGCAUCGUCGUUUGCUGGAGAAACUGGGACUAUUAUGGAAAAGGAGGUUAAUGCCAAGGAGAGCGAAGGGCUAUCUGACCAGGAGGAGAGCGUUGAUAACCGUGACGGAGUCAAAAACAAAAUGGCUGCUCAGGAGGAGUCUACUUCUUCUAGUGCGGAGGAGAGAGCAGACUGUGAGGAGCAGCGUGCCCGGCAUCUCGUGUUAGAGCAUCAGUCGGGGGAGGAUGAUGAUGAGGACAGAACAAAGAUGGCCGCCAAAACAAACAUGGUAGCGUGUAUGAAGCCUGAAGGGGAAGGAGGGGAGAGGAAGGGGCAGGAUUUCCCUGUGCAGUUCAGGGUGCAGGAGACAAACUUCAGCAAGGGGCAGCUGAAGCUAACGCUGAAAACAAUGAAGGAAGGGAAAGCGGUGAAGAAUAAGAAAUUGAAGGGGGUUGCAGGGGGAAGUAAAACCAACAUGAAGGCCAAGAAGGGGAAGGUGACUGCCAAGAAGAUGGUGAAGAAGGUAAGAUUUCUAGCUUUCAGGUCAUUCAUGAAGAUGUACAUGUAAUGCAAUUGAUCAUCUUAUAAUUGCUGUUGUAUCCAUCACUUUCAAAAUAACCUACAUGUUUAUAGCAUUUUAUUCAUGUAGGUCUUGGGGAAAAUGGUUUAGCGGCAAAAAAGAAUUGGCAAUGUAUCACGUAAAUUGUCAUUUUAUUGAUAAAUGUUUUUAUAGCAUAACAUGAUCAUACAACUAACAUAAGAUAUAGUGAACUUACAUGUGCAUACAUGUAGCUGCUACAUGUACAUUAGCUCAAUGGUUGCGUGUACAGUGUUUCAAGCAGACAGUGGAAAGUCCAGGUUGGAAUGGAAUGAAAGAAACAAUUAUUGAUAUAUGUUUGUUUUACUUAGAUUAUUUGUAGAUACACUCAAACAAAAAUAAAUGUUUUUCACCAAUUGCACAUGUUUACAUGUCUGCGACCAAUGCUGGUUUCCUUGUUAAUAAAACAGGUGCAUUUAAACAACUUUCAGUUAAUAUUUUAAAACUGAAAUUCUUUAAAAAAAAGACUCUAUCCAGCUUACAUGUAAAUACAGGGUGCUCUUUAAAUCAUACAAAUCUUAAAGUGUACAUGUACAGUGUAGAUAUGUUUUCCACCAGGAUUUGGAUCUUAAAUAAUCAGAUUUGGUAUAAAUUAGUUAAUCGGUACAUCGGCACUCAUAAUAACUCUCAAACAAGCAAUUUUUUUCAAUUAAUGUUUGUCUGCUUUGAACUGGUACAGUGUUUGAAAUGGGGAUUGUGGAGGAUUGUAUUUUUCAAACACUGUCUUUGUUGUAAUGCUCAAAUAAACAAUUUGUAACCUUCUAAAAUCAAAACAGUACAUGUACAGUACACGUAGGUUCCCAAAAUCACAGUGCUAUUUUAUUUUUGAAAAGUGUGUGUUCAAAUUAAAUUUUAUCUUGUUGUCCUCCCAGAAUACAGGUUGAUGGGCUAUUAAUUGUACAUGUUUUGCAAUGACAUCUUUAUAGGUGGAAUCCACUUAGCUCACACUAAGUGGUGCUAUGUCCGGCAAGCAAUGCUUGUUUUGGGGUCAUCAAGAGUGCAUAUUUUCUGCUCAUGUAUAAUUUUGGAUAAACUUGCUACCAGUAACUAUUCUUAUUACUGUUAGACCAAACACGUGUAUCAUUAAUUUUCAUUAGAAAUUGAAGCAUAUCCAGAAAACAAACCCUAGAGUAGACCUCUUGUGUGCCUACAGCAUACAAAGGCAUCCAAAAAUGGUCUGUCUGGCACUUACCAACUCUG